AUGACGACAGACUUGGAAGAUUCAAAGCAGGUGCUGACAGUUUUCAAAUUGCCCCACGAUAUGGACGAAGAAGAGAGGGAAAUAAUCAACAAAGUAGACUCGAUACUCUCGUGCAGCGCUCCCACACAGAGCACCAUAAAAGAAGCAGCUUUUCAUCUGGCCAAUCAGCACCAAAUGCUGGAAAAUCUUUUUGUCCCGCAGUCGACCGACUACGACUACUACUUGGCCCAGAAGUACGCCAUCAACAAUGCUCUUCUGUGCAUUCUGUUCACAAUACACGAAAGCCACGAGCUGCAGACCUUUCUGAAAGGAAAGAAGCCCUUCCAAAGGCUGAAGGACAUAUUCUACAAAGAAAUAGAAAAAAAGAUAACUCGGUGGACGAAUGUCUAUGUCUCCAUAAGAGAAAAGAAAAGCGAAAGAUACACGACGCAAAUGGCUGUGCUGUACCAAAUGUGCAAUCUUAGAUUGAACAGGCUUCUGGUGCGCGACAGAAAGUACUGGCACAAGCUGUUUGAAAUAGUGCAGAACAAGUUCACCAAGGAGAACAUUCCAAUGCAGGUCACCGAUGCCCACACUUCUGAAAUAAACCAAAGCGCCAUCAACUUCCUGCGCGCAAACGAGUUUCUGAUCGACCUGCGAAAGAAGUGCGUAGAGAUCAUAGCGUCUCCUUCAGGCAAAGACUUCACGUUCCAGCAGAAAAGAAGCGCGCUGCAGCUGAAGUGGAUAGUCAGCAAGUGGAACAGCACCACCAUGAUCUCAGACAUAAUAUGGUUUUACCAGGACAUGUUUGACGAAAAGCUGUGGAGAACCUUCAAAGAGACAACCCUCAGCAACUUUGAUAACCUUGUGAGCUCAAUUAAGCGGUGCAAAGAAGAAAUGCAGGCAAAGAAUAAAACCUUCGUGUGCAAGGCAAAAAGAGGAAAAUACUAUCUGAUCCUGAAGGAGAGAUUUCAGAACGCGUUUGAAGACACAUAUGAAGCAGACCCUAUUUUUAGCGAGUAUUUAGACAUUCUGUCCACCUUUGUGGGCGUUGAUAAGAACGCCCCCAGCCCAUUCUCGAAAGUAACACGAAUGCUGAGAAAGCACAAAGGCCCCCUGGUAUUCUCCACCCGAGAAAAAGAGCCAGAGAUAAAGCCCGAGCCCCCGCAGUGCAAUGUGAUAGAAGGAGGGGAGUGCAUAUGUCCAGACUUCUACCCCAUACUGAUAUGCAGUCUCUUGUGCAAAAACUCUCGAAGAGCCUUCAAAACCAACACAUUCAUGCCCAACAAUAUUUUGGUGUACAACUACUUCAAAGUCAGCGGGCGGCACAUCAGGGCCACCGAGGAUAUGUUCCUAAACAUGGGCUCGCUGCUGGUUUGUCUUUUCUUUGUAUUUUUAUUAAAGCCGUAUGUGCACAGACUGCACUGCACGGGAAUCAUAACGAGCAAACCAACAGUAUAA